CAUCAUCAAGCUUCCCACAAUGCAGCGAGUGUAACAUGGCGUCCGUGGCUGCUGUUUUGGUCAGGCCUGUGUGGAUGUGAAAAACAAAGCGCUGAGAAGGAAGAUGGAGAACAACUAGUGACAUAGUUAGCACUAAGUCUGCACACAAAAGUUUUCAUUUAUCUUGAUCUCUACCAACCGGGUCACACUAUCAUCUGAGGCAUUUCUUCAUUCUGGGGCAUAAAGAGAGGGAGGCAGGGAGGCAUGGAAGAGUCCAAAAGCCCACUGAAAUCAGUUAAGACCUCGCGCAACGAGGCAAGAGGAGUCAAAGCUCCAUCCACCAAGUCCCUGAAAGAGGUUCCAGCUCAGAAAGAGGGCACCAGGACAGCCAGCCAAAGCAAAGCAAACGUCAUCGCAAAGGAUGGUCAUAAAGAAGCGGGCAGUCAUGGGCUCGGGAAGGCCCCCAUAGACGGCCCCCAGGACCAGGGACGAGGGAAGCCCCGCAGACUGACUGGGAGAACCAGCUCUGGAGAGAGGGGGAAAGGGAAAGCGGGAGGGCAGCAACUGGCAGGGCAGGUUCCUCACUCCAGGGCUUUGCCGGCCCCAGACAGUGGACCUACUGUGGUGCCUAAAGCUAUAGAGGAAGGCCCCGCCGAGGAGACCAAGCCAUCAAAGGCAGCCCAAGUGAAAGAGAAGCCAAUCGGCGAGAAUGCUGGAGUGCUUGUGGGCUUGCCUGUCCAGGAGGGCAGGGCGGCUGGAUCAGGGAUGGAGGGCAGCGCUGGGAUUACUGACCAACAGCUUGGCCUCAAACAGGCAGAGGAGCGCCUGUACAGGGACUACAUUCACAGACUGGUGAAGCAGUCUCCUGAGUACCCUAACUUCCAAUACGUAUGCAAACUGUGUUCAGUGCACAUUGAGAACAUACAAGGGGCCCACAAACACAUAAAGGAGAAGAGACACAAGAGGAACAUUAUGGAGAAGCAGGAGGAGAAUGAGUUGCGUGCACUGCCUCCACCUUCCUCUGCCCAGCUGAGAGCGGUGGAUGCUGCCAUCUUGGAAACCGCCAGCCAGCAUGGCAUCUCCGAAGAGGACUUCGAGGUCCGUCAAGCUGUGGUCACCAGGAUGGAAGAGACCAUCAAGCUACACCUAGCAGCCUGCUCCCUCCGUCUCUAUGGCUCCUGCCUUACCCGAUUUGCCUUCAAAACGAGUGACAUCAACAUUGACGUCACCUACCCCCCCACCAUGACACAGCCAGAUGUAUUGAUACAAGUACUGGAAAUCCUGAAGAACAGUGCUCAACUUUCUGAGGUUGAGUCUGACUUUCACGCCAAAGUUCCUGUGAUAUUCUGCAGAGAUAUCAAUAGCGGGCUUAUGUGCAAGGUGAGUGCCGGGAACGACGUUGCCUGCCUCACCACCAACCACCUAGCUGCACUGGCGAAACUGGAACCGAGACUCAUUCCCCUGGUCCUGGCCUUCCGCUACUGGGCAAGGUUGUGCCACAUUGACUGCCAAGCGGAAGGAGGGAUACCGUCCUACUCCUUCUCCCUCAUGGUCAUCUUCUUCCUCCAGCAGAGGAGAACACCUAUCCUCCCAGUUUACCUGGGUUACUGGAUUGAAGGCUUCGACUUGAAGACCGUGGAUGAGUAUCAUCUGACUGGAGUGGAGAUGGACAUAUUCGUGGGAUGGGCGCACAGACAGCCCAGCGCCAACGAGGGACGAGGUGACGGCAGGGGCGAGGCGAAGGCGAAGCCAGAGCCCAAACCUCAUGCUGGGCACACAGAGGGAAUGACUCGUCUGACCCUCGACCUCGGGAAGGGCGUGUCUCUGGGCCAGUUGUGGCUCGAGAUGCUUCGCUUCUACACGCUGGAGUUCGCCCUGGAGGAGCACAUCAUCAGCAUCCGCCUCCGAGAGCUCCUCUCCAGGGAGGGGAAGAACUGGCCCCGCCGCCGGCUCGCCAUCGAAGAUCCAUUUGCCCUGAAAAGGAACGUCGCCCGAAGUCUGAACAGUCAGAUGGUCUUCGAGUACAUCCAAGAGCGCUUCCGCACCGCAUACAAAUACUUCGCCUGUCCGCAGGGCAGGGCCACCGGGGGGUGCCGCAGUGCCAGGAAGACUUCCAGACUCCACCCGAACAAGUGCGAAGGCGAGGGGAAGGAAGUGCCGUCGACGGAAGCCAGAGAGAGCGACGGAAAACACGCCGCCAACGCCGAGAGCCCGGACGCGAACGAGGAGGGCGAAAGCGAGGAAGACGGCGGUUCGGAUCCGUGUCCGGGGACGGAAGCAAGGGAGUUGGCCCGCAGUGUCCGGGACCUGGCCAUCAGCGAGGGCGGCAGCUCCGCGGGAGGGGCCCCUGCCGACCGCGAUGCCCAGGAGGCCCAUGCCGUCCUUAGGGUUUCCUCUCCCGGUGCCUGCCCACCCUCCGCUCCCAACGGCCUGUCUGACAGCGAUGAGGAGGAGGAGAUGCGACGGGACAUGCUGACCCCUGUUGCUCCGGAGGAUCUGCACUAUAUCUUUGACCAAAUGAUUUUCACAGGGGGAAAGCCUCCCACUGUCGUGUGCAGCAUUUGCAAACGAGACGGCCACCUGAAGGACGAGUGUCCUGAGGACUUCAAGAAGAUCGAACUGAAGCCCCUGCCCCCCAUGAGCGAUCGCUUCCGCGACAUCCUCGAUGGCCUCUGCCGACUCUGCUACCAUGAGCUGUCCCCUUCUCUCGGAGAGCAGCAGAAGAGAGAGCAGAUCCUGGUCAGUCUGGAGAGGUUCAUACGUAAGGAGUACAACGACAAAGCCCAGCUGUGUUUGUUCGGCUCGUCCAAGAACGGCUUUGGCUUCCGCGACAGCGACCUCGACAUCUGCAUGACCCUGGAGGGCCACGACACAGCAGAGUUGCUAAACUGCAAAGAGAUCAUCGAAGGACUCGCCAAGGUGCUAAAAAAACACACGGGACUUCGGAACAUCCUGCCUAUCACAACAGCUAAAGUGCCUAUUGUGAAGUUUGAACACAGGCAAAGUGGCCUGGAGGGAGACAUCAGCCUUUACAACACCCUGGCUCAGCACAACACCAGGAUGCUAGCGACCUACGCCGCUAUCGACCCCCGCGUGCAGUACCUGGGCUACACCAUGAAAGUCUUCGCCAAGCGCUGCGACAUUGGCGACGCGUCCAGGGGCAGUCUGUCGUCCUACGCCUACAUCCUCAUGGUGCUCUACUUCCUGCAGCAGAGGCACCCCCCGGUCAUCCCCGUUCUACAGGAGAUCUUCGACGGUCAGAGCGUCCCUCAGAGGAUGGUGGACGGCUGGAACGCCUUCUUCUUCAACGACAUCGACGAGCUGCGGCGGCGGCUGUCGGAGCCCAGUCAGAACGGGGAGUCGGUGGGCGAGCUGUGGCUGGGCCUGCUGCGCUUCUACACAGAGGAGUUUGACUUCAAGGAGCACGUGAUCAGCAUCCGCCAGAGGAAGCGCCUCACCACCUUUGAGAAGCAGUGGACCUCCAAGUGCAUCGCCAUCGAAGAUCCCUUUGACUUGAAUCAUAAUCUCGGUGCUGGAGUUUCGCGCAAAAUGACCAACUUCAUCAUGAAGGCCUUCAUAAAUGGGAGGAAGUUGUUCGGAACACCCUUCUACCCUCAACACGGCAUGGAGGCGGACUACUUCUUCGACUCCAAGGUGCUAACGGACGGGGAACUGGCGCCCAACGACCGCUGCUGCCGGAUCUGUGGCAAGAUCGGCCACUACAUGAAGGACUGCCCCAAGAGACGCAGGAUGAAGAAAAAGGAGAACGAGAAGGAGGAGGAUGCGAUGAAGGACGACGAGCCCCGAGAGAGGCGCUGCUUCCAGUGUGGGGACAUGGGCCACGUUCGGAGGGACUGCCCAGAGUACCGCCAGCUCAGACAGAGGGCUGCCGGCGGGCCGGUUCCCCACAUGAUGCGGGCCAUGGUGAGCUCCCAGUCCAUCCCCAUCCCCCAGACCACCCCAGACCGUCCUGGGCGAACCAGACAGCCUUCUGAGUGUUCCGACAGCCGCCAGACUCCGCCCUACUCUCCCCAGUCGACCCCGUUUUCUCAGAGCUCCUCGCAGGCCUCCAGCUCCCCUCAGUCCGCCCAGAGCAAGACCUCCACCGUGGGCCCCCCCAAGCAGCCCCACGCCCAGGUCCCUCUGUCCCUCUUCAGCUUCCCCCCCGCACACCCCAGCCAGUAUCCCCACAGCGCUCUCACCGCCCUGGGCCUACUCCCGUCCCACCAGUCCCAGCCUCACCACCCGGUCCCACACCCUUCCACCUCCUGGCCCAUCCACGGCCCCGUCAUCCAGACCUCCAGCCCUAAUGCCCCCUCCCCUCCCGGCCUUAAAUUCCCCCUGCGGCCAGCUUCGGGGAAUGGGAACGGGAAUGGGGCCUCUGGCGCGGUUGGCAGCCCCUUGAAUCUCAACGAUCCCAGCAUUAUCUUCGCCCAGCCGGCGGGGAGGCAGCUAGGCCUGGGAGGGCCGGGACGGGAAGGGCACUGGCACAACCACCUGGCACAGCCGGGGGUGCUGGUGGGCAACGGCACUGUGGGCAAGUCAGAGCCAGGCUACCAGACCCAGUUCGGGGGUGUGACCCAGGGCUCUCGGUCCUGGGAGCACGGCAACACAGCCCACUACUCCCUGUCGCCGUCCUGGCCUUAUCGCAUGCCCCAGAAUUUCCUCCAGCAGGGCAAUGGGGGCUUCCAGCCAGGCAAGCCCUUCAUGGGCCAAGGUUCUGUGGUUCACCCAAAUCAGCAUUUUCCUCUGCUACCCCAUGGCAGACACCACGUCAACCUGAACUACAUUCAACAGAAAAAAUGAAUUGUGGCGUCGUUGUUUAUGGAUUAAGACGUAUGGUUCCCGAUGUAACAAAACAAUGUUGUCUAACUUUUAAUCAUUUGGUCACAGGACUUUUUAAAAUGAAAUGUUUUUCAUUUUUUGUACAGUUUUUAGUUUUUUUGUCGAAUUACAUUGAUUUGUGAUACAAAUGUCAAAUAUUUUAAUACCCCCAUUUUUGAGGGGGUCCAAAAAGUGUUUUUAUUUUAUGUGUAAAGUAAGGAGGUAAAAUGUAUACCUUUAUUUUUAUUAGUUGUAUUCAUACUUUGCUUGCUGAAAAAUGAAGGCUUUGAAUAGACAUUUGUUUUAAAAACGAUCUAACAUGCCACCCCUAAUUAUGUAGUGCCAAAAAGUUAUAGUAUGCAAAAGAAGAAGAAAAAAAAUGACAAAAUAGAAAACCCCCUAAAAAUAAAAUAAAGAAAAGCAACAACU